UCGAGAGCUACAGCCAUGAUCAAGUGGUGUUGGGUCUGCGGCGUUUUCAUUUUAGUAAACGCCAUAAUGGAGGAACGAAACUAUCGAAUUGUUAUCGACGAUGUCAAUAUUAGUAAUGUUGAUCCGGAGGUUUUCCUAAGGUUUGAUUGUCAAGUCGAGCAGAUCAACAACCGCAGCUACUACGACUCUACGCGUAUUUUCAAAUACGACGUCAAUGAUAUUUGGGUACACGCCGAGUUGGCAUUUUGGAAGUUAAACAAUCAGAAAUUGAAGAUUUUAGAUGUGAAAUUCGACGUGUGUAAUUUUCUAAACAAUAUUCAAAAAAACCGAUUCCUCAAUAUCUUCGUGAAGAAUAUAAAAGCACAUUCGAAUACCGAUCUGAAAUGCCCCUUUCGAGCAAACGUUAGUCAUACUGUGGAGAAAAUGUUUUUUGAUGAAAAGGAUUUUCCCACUAAUGUUCCAUUGGGAAAAUUUCGAAACAUAAUCGAGUUCCUCAUGAAUCAGAGAAUGAGUGCCCGCCUGGUCAUCAAGGGCAGAAUCGUCCCGAACUGAGAUAAAACUGGAAUAUCAAUAAAUAUGGAGUAUCAGCAUUUGACUUUAAAACGUUUUUAAUCUUUCAGUUAAUUAAUCAUAGAGACAUAUAUAUAUACAUAUAUAUAUAUGACAUUCGAAAUAAAUAUUUUUGCGCAC